GUCCGGCUUCCGGUUUCCGGUUUCUUAUCACGCUAUUGUUGCUGUGCCCGUACCGGCUCUGCUGAUCUGCGUGUCGGUUGAAUGUGGAUCAGGGCGCAGUUUCUACACAUGAGAUCAAACCCCAGCAGAAGAUCCGCGUCGCCCUGAUGUUCUUCAGAAGGAGAGAACAUGAAAACUGCUCUGGAGAGCUACGGACCAAAACACGCCCCGAGAGCUGAAUGUAUAACCUUUUAGUUUGGAGUUUGCCUCCUGCUGCCUUCAAUAAGCUGAGCUGAAGCUGCAAAGUGAGCCCAUGAAGGCCUUGUUUCAGCGCAGGCUUCAGAAGCUGAGGCUCUAAACGCAGUACAGUCCACAUUCCCCUGUAUGAGUGAAGGAUCUCGGGUCUCUACAGCGAUGGAGUCGUAUCUCUUCCCCUUCGACGGGCUGAUCUGCAUGCUGCUGGGGAUCUCCUUCACCGUGUGGUUCACGCUCCUGCUGGUCUUCAUCAUCGUCCCCGCGGUGUUCGGCGUGUCCUUCGGCAUACGGCGGCUCUACAUGAACUCGCUGCUGAAGAUAUUUGAGUGGGCCACCCUGAGGAUGGAGAGAGGAGCGAAAGAGAAGAACCAGCAGCUCUACAAACCGUACAGCAACGGAAUCAUAACGAAGGAGCAAGGAUCUCUGGAGCAGGAAAUACAGGAAGUGAGGCGUGUGGGUGGAGCCGAGGCCGAGUUCGACAUGUCGGACAUCUUGUUUUUCUGCCGUCGUGGGGUCGAGAGCAUUGUGGACGACGAGGUGACUAAGCGCUUUUCAGCCGAGGAGAUCGAGUCGUGGAACCUGCUGACACGCAGCAACUACAACUACAACUUCCAGAACAUCAGCACGCGACUGACGACGCUGUGGGGGCUCGGUGUGCUCAUCCGUUAUGGCGUCCUGCUGCCUCUCAGGGUCACUCUGGCUUUUACCGGCGUCGGACUCCUUGUGGUUCUCACCUCCCUCAUCGGUCUGCUCCCGAAUGGCAGGAUGAAGAAUUUCCUGAGUGAAAAUGCUCAUCUGAUGUGCUACAGGAUCUGUGUUCGUGCUCUAACCGCCAUCAUCACGUACCACGACAGUGAAAACAAACCCAAGAAUGGAGGGAUUUGUGUGGCCAAUCACACAUCACCUAUCGAUGUCAUCAUCCUGGCCAGUGACGGCUGUUAUGCCAUGGUUGGACAGGUCCACGGUGGUCUCAUGGGCAUGAUUCAGAGAGCGAUGGUUAAGGCCUGUCCUCACGUCUGGUUUGAGAGAUCAGAGGUUAAAGAUCGCCACCUGGUGGCCAAACGACUCAGUGAUCAUGUUGCAGACAAAUCCAAGCUGCCCAUCCUAAUUUUCCCAGAGGGCACCUGUAUUAAUAACACCUCAGUAAUGAUGUUUAAAAAGGGAAGUUUUGAAAUCGGAUGCACUGUUUAUCCAGUGGCGAUAAAGUAUGACCCAAGGUUCGGAGAUGCUUUCUGGAACAGCAGUAAGUUUGGCAUGGUGAAUUAUCUCCUCCACAUGAUGAGCAGCUGGGCCAUCGUCUGCAGCGUGUGGUAUCUACCACCCAUGAGCCGAGAGGAGGGCGAGGACGCUGUACAGUUUGCUAACCGCGUGAAGGCUGCCAUAGCGAGGAAAGGAGGUUUAGCCGAUCUGUUAUGGGACGGGGGGCUUAAACGAGAGAAGGUGAAGGACGUGUUUAAGGAGGAGCAGCAGAAACUCUACAGUAAAGUGUUGGUGGGAAACGGUGAAGAUUGCAGUCGUUCCUGAUCGACAUCGACACACUGCCCGUUAUAUAUGUGACUGAAGAUUGCGAGCAGACCUUCUGAGUGUGCCCAGAGCACAGGACGUUUCUGAACCACGGCACACACCAACACCGGGCCAAGAUCGCUAAACUCCUCGCUGAACUCCUCCACAAGAUAAAAGCUGAACUGAACUGAACAGAUCUCACUGAAAUGGAGCGAAACUGAACCCAUUGACGAGUAGAUGAAUGGAUCUGAUCUGAACACGACGAACUGCUUCAAAGUGGAAUGGAACAUAAAUUAUAAUUGAACAAAAGUGGACGGGUCGAACCGAACCAAAUAACAAAUCUCAACCGAUCACAUGCAUAUUGAAGAAAAUCAGAGUGAAUUUAACCUGAACUGAAGCAGAUCUGAGAAAAUCAGAUCCAAAACUGAAUCUGAAACUGAGUUGAAAAAGAAACUGAGCUGAAGCAUUGAAAAACCAUGUUCAAGUUGGAUCAGAAUGGAACGCUGAGCUGAACCAAAACCAGAAGAAUCUGAACUGAGUUACGCAAAUGAAACCCACGGAAUCCGUUUGCUUGCUGACAAAUUUCACAAACGUUAUUUUGCACACUUUUGCACGAGUCCAUGCAGUGGCAUUGCAUCACUUUUUAUUUUACGUUACACCAUUUGUUACAUUUUGUAUGUUUUAUUAUCUUUUUAUUAUUAUUUAUUUUUAUUUUUCCUCAUCUGUUACAAUAGGGACACGUUUGCUGUCUGAAAAUUUCUGUCGAAAUCUGACAUGUUUUUCUUUUAAAAAGAAACUCGGUGUUUGGAUUCUGAACUCGGACACUCGUUGAGUAAAGUGUGUGCUGUUGUUCGGUCAGAUUUUUUUUUUUUUUUUUAAAGAUUAAGACGUGUGUGUGUGUGUCUCAUUAUGUCCUGAUAAUUAAAUGUACAACAUUUAAAAUGCUUAAUAAACAAUAAUAUUAUAGCGGCCACUAGAAACAUCCUAGAAGAGAAACUGCACUGUUCAAAAUAUACCUUAAAGUCUCAUCAUGUGCGAAAGCAAUCCUGUAAUUCUGAGUCUCAAAUGAGUCUCAAAUAAAUCGGGAGAAAAUAAAUUGUGAAAUUGUUAGGAAGUGGUCGACUUCUCAAACCGACGUCUCGAAUUCUGCUGAAUGGUUUACUCCAUUUCUCAUUAAAUGAAUAUGUUGUAUUAACA